AUGCGAGUACCGAUUCUCACACAGUCGCUCACGCGCGACUUAAGCCGACGAACCCCCAUUCGAGAAUGUCGAAACAUCCGCCUAUUAUCAAAUACCCCUCAGCGCGGCAGCGGACUCCGCACGCGCCUAGAGAUCCCCCCUCCCUUCCCCGUCACAAAAUCAUGCCCCGAGCCAAGCUGCAACUGCCCAGCUACACCCGCUCUACCUGAGGGGUUACCCAUUGACCAUGAACAAGCCUUGAAUGGGACAAUGGCUGCCUAUGCGCAGCAGCUUCUAGUGUGCACAGGCCAGCCAGACUGGACAAGUCGCAUUGAGGAUGACGGCAAGAACGAAGGCUGGGGUCAUCUUGUGAGGGGUCUGAAGAGCCUUCUUGGUCGUGGUGGGCCAUAUCUUGACCCAUUCAACAAUGUUCUGAUCACGAAUUCGUCCUUUACGCCCGCUGCGAGCUCUGGAACCACCUCCGCAUCCGCCUUCCUCUUCCCCGGCUUCAAGUACAUCCCUUCAAUAUCAGUGACAGACGCGUCAUCCCCCGACCAACUAUCCAACCUGGUGACCUUUGUCCGCGCAUAUCUUCUCCCGGAACGGCUGCACGACAUGCAUUCUUCUCUUCCUGCAGACAAACAAGAAGACAUGACCCGGUCGCCGGACCUAGCAUCGAACUUUCCAGGAGUGAUAGACAUUAAUCACUCGCCGACGGUAUUGAUCUGCGGGCAUGGAGGGCGCGACAUGCGCUGUGGAGUCAUGGCGCCCGCCUUGGAAAGCGAGUUCCAGCGCGUGCUGCGCGCGCGAGGAUACACUUCUGUGGGCAGUGAGGGGACCACAGUGGAUGGCCCUAAGCAUGCCAACAUUGGCCUGAUUAGCCAUGUUGGGGGACAUAAAUACGCAGGCAAUGUCAUCAUCUAUGUGCCACCGAAGAUGACGCUGGGGGAUUCCUCGGAGCCUCACCCGCUGGCGGGUAAGGGCAUUUGGUAUGGCCGCAUUGAGCCCAAGCAUGUCGAGGGGCUUGUUGAGGAGACUAUUCUCGGUGGGAGAGUGGUUACGGACCAUUUUCGGGGUGGGGUCGAUCAAAGUGGUGACAUUUUGAGGAUAUAG